AUGUCUGUAAAGAGGGAGAGUGAAUCACCAGAAAUUGUGAUGCAUGCUGAUAUCAACGAAAUAAAUAAGAAAAUGGAUGAAAUCCUGAACGGACAGUAUGGGGUGUUAGAUAGAAAGCUGGAACGCAGGAGCUCCAGGGCAGUUGUAUCUGCACUACUGCCUGCCCAGGCGCAACGAUCGACCAUCACUCCCCGGGAGAUCCAGACGGCCGUGUGCCUGCUGCUGCCCGGGGAACUGGCGAAGCACGCUGUGUCGGAAGGGACCAAAGCAGUGACCAAGUACACUAGUUCCAAGUGA